CCUCUUUUAUGAUCAUCCCUCCUCCCCGAUGGAGAAUAUCCCUCCCUGACUCUUCGCCGUUCAAACCCACCGGACAUGCAAAGAACCCACAAUUAAUCAACAUGUUGCGCCCUUUCCCAUCUUGCAUCGGAAAACAAACUGCUCCCCGAACCCAGCCACGCGACCGGUCACUGCACUUCGUAUCCCACCGAGAAGCAGACAAGCAAAAUUCUCAUCUGGCAUAGCGAUGCGGCAUGAACUCUCAAAAGGCAUACCCUUCCCCUCUCCCUUUUCUCCCCACCCUAAACACGAUGUAUGUACGUGUAUCAGCCUCGUACUUGAUAACACCCAACCCCUCUAUCACCGGCCGGUUCCUGGACGCGGCAGUAGCGGCCCCGUUGGCGAAGGGCAAGAGAAAAAAAAAACGUCUCCAAGCCAGACCGCGGGCCGCACACGUAACGCUGCCUACUAACCG